GCUGCCCUGUUUCCGCCCGCCCUCCAUCUUGGCGCAGUUAACUUGACGCAGCGCAGACGCAGGAGGAGGCAGAGCGGAUCGAUGUGAUCGACGGCGGCUGAUCAGGAUCAUGAUGCGACGCUGAUUGAACAUCGGCUCCUCGCAGCGUCUCCUCAUCGCGUCCAUCAGCUGCUGCGACGUGGCCUCAGUCUCCAGGUGAUAGUCUGAACCCGGCCCCGGAUGCAGUCUGUCCCGGGCCCAGCCUAGUUCCUGGAGCUCCUUCUCUCCCCACCACCUCCUCCCUCCUUUCCCUUUCCCUACCCUUUCCCCUCCCCUCCCCGCCCCCACCCCCCCUUGCCUAAACCUGUCAGACUCCAGCAGUUAGCCUGGACCGGUGGCCUGGCUGGCUGCCCCCUACAGGUGGAUGAAUGAAGACCCCAUUCAAGAGUCCAGCGGCCCCGCGGCCCCGAGCAGACGGGGGACAUUCAGGCGUGUCGGCAAACAUGAUGAAGAAAAAGAACUCGCACAAGAAACAGAGGACCAGUGUUGGUCCCAGUAAGACUCUGACUCCGCCCCGCAGGAACAUCGUUGGCUGCAGGAUCCAGCACAUCUGGAAGGAGGGAAGUAAGUCGUCCCAGUGGAAGGGGACAGUCCUGGACCAGGUGCCCGUCAACCCGUCCCUCUACCUGAUCAAGUACGACGGCUUCGACUGCAUCUACGGUCUGGAGCUUUAUGGAGACGAGCGUGUGGUCGGGCUGGAGGUGCUGCCCGACAGAGUGGCUCCGGCCCGUGUGAGCGACUCGAUGCUGGCGGAGACGAUGAUCGGCAAGGCGGUGGAGCACAUGUUCGAGACGGAGGACGGGCCGAAGGAGGAGUGGAGGGGGAUGGUUCUGGCCCGGGCUCCCAUCAUGACAGCCUGGUUCUACAUCACCUACGAGAAAGACCCGGUCCUCUACAUGUACCAGCUGCUGGACGACUACAAGGAGGGCGACCUGCGCAUCAUGCCCGACUCCAACGACAGCGUGGCGGCGGAGCGUGAGCCCGGCGAGGUGGUCGACAGUCUGGUGGGCAAACAGGUGGAGUACGCCAAGGAGGACGGCGGCAAGCGGUCGGGGAUGGUCAUCCACCAGGUGGAGGCCAAACCCUCCGUCUACUUCAUCAAGUUCGACGACGACUUCCACAUCUACGUCUACGACCUGGUCAAAACGUCCUAAGACCAGAGGAGCCGGUCCGGGACGCCCCGUAAAGACAUUGACUCGUCCUGCCUAGAUCCACCGAACACGCCCUCCAUCGCCGCCCCGCCCUCCCAGUGAAGGUCUGAAACAUCUCAAGACUCCGCCCUCGGUGGAGACGCCCCAGGCGGAUCAUUCCCCGUUUUUGUUUUUACUGUCGUAUUUUGAUGAAACGCCUUAAAACACCGGAGAAGAAACAAAAGGUUCCAGACCCACUGCAGGGUCGUGAGCAGUCGCUCGUCAGUAUCCAGAUCCUCGUCAGGACGUUUCCUCCGACUCGAUCCUGAGACCCCUCUGGUCCGAACAGACCUGGACCCAUCGCCGCCUUCCUCCGGGUCGGAGUCUGUCUGGGUUCACGAAGGGACGGAACUUUAGGAACAUGGAAAACGUCGCCCCAGGGCUCGAACCCGUCUCGACCAUCAGCUGGUCUGCUGAGACGCAGUGACCCCGCCCCCCCGCUAAACAAAGACGCUUAUCGCAGGACGCCAUGGAGGAACCAGAGCACGCAGACUCUUUACCCACAAUGACUUUCAGCUCGGAGAGAAACCGCCACGCUACGACGUCGUCGCUUUAUACAUUUUUUUUUACCUUUGAACGUCCUCUCAUUUGUUUCUCUUGUUUCUGAUUCAGUUCCACGAUUUCAACGUAAAGUUUCCACUGAUGUUUUUAAAAGGUUGAAUUUUCUGUCUGAUGUUUUUUAUUGUUGUGCCAAAAAAUGUUUCCAGAAAAGUAUUUAAGUGUUGUUGAAACUUGAACAACCUGUUUGACGUCUGUGAUCUGAAUAGACACAUUAAAUAAACUAUGGGGUUAAAGUCGAGGAGGGGUCAAGGGUCAUCGGACCCCGAUGAUCCUCUAACGUCACUGAAUCAGUCUUCACGUUUAAUAAAAACCAUAAUGUGAGCAUGACGUAUUAGAAAACUUCACAUCUCUGAACUCGAGGUCACUUUAAACCCCGCCCCUCCAGCGUCCGGCCCCUCUUUAACCCCCCCAGUUGUUUUAUCAAUCUGUGGUUCUGUGUUUUGUUUCUGUUUCAGUUCUUGUGUGUUGGAGCUGCAGCGUCACUUUGUUUUCUUCUGGACCGUCUCUGCUUGGCGGCGAGAAGCUCGGGGGUUCGAUCCCGGCGGCUUUGGGGACGUUCGCCGUGUGGGAUUAUUAUUGUUUUUAAUAACGUGUAAACAUGUCAAUUGACAUAUCAGCUCCCUGCGUAAUCCUCAUGCUCAGUCCAGCGGGGGCCGGAAGAGACGUUGUCAAUCAUUUCACUUCCUCGCGCUCUCAGCUGAUGUAGCUCCGCCCACCACAUGUCAUGGGCCUGAAAACAAAAUGUUUUGGAAAAGUGGAUUUUCUCUCUGGAUUUAAAUCGAGAACGUUCCUGGUUACAUUUCCUGAACAUUUAGUUGUUUGUCCUGAUCCUGGAAUCUAGAACUUUUACACCCCGUCAUCGCUGCUCUGGAUCAGCGCUCUGACUCUAGAACACGGAGACUCUGGAAAGUUAUUCUGCGGACGUUUUUGUGAACAUAAAUUCUCAUCAUGGAACUUUCACGCUCCGAUUCCAGAACGAUUACGUUGCAGCUCAGAAUCAGUGGUGUUGGUUCCACAAGUAGUUUAGCAUCUUGUUCUAGAAUCUGUGAUUUGACUCUGGGACACGUCCCAUCGUGCACGAGGAAUAACAAAUUAACUGUUCUUUAAUUGACAACUUCAGAUUCUAGAAGAUGGAGACUGUUGUUCUGAAUCUAGAAACACAGCUAAUGUGAGUUCUGGAACAAUUUACUUAAGAUUAAAUCACUUAUUCUGCUUAUAGAAUCUGGUAUUUAAUAGAUGAUAUUGAUUACUGCUCUAGAAUCUGCUUUUCUGAUUUUCUGGUAUGUUUCCCCUAAAUCCAAAUGUGUGCAAUGUUUUUUAUAAUAGAAACAUCUUUUUCUUUCAUUUGAAUUCACAGCCUCAGAUUCUAGAACACGACAACAUGAGACUACAAAAUAUGAUUCCAGAUUUGUCCAUUUCAGUUCUCAGUCCAGAGUCUGGGACCCUAGAACUCAUCAUUUUACCACAUUCAAUAUUGUUCUAGAAAGUUUCAAACGUACACAGCAAAAAAAAAAAUCUAGGACGGAAGACUGGAUCAUUGUAGAUUGUUUUCAUCUUGGAUCUGAAACUUUCUGGUUCAAGAACAAUUGGAUACAGAGAAAACACCCUCACUCCAGAAUCUGCUCCGUUUUUAAAAGUCACAUGUUCUGAUUUUAGAAUCUGUUGUUCCACUCUAACAAAUGUAAAGGUUCUAGAACACGUCUCGUUGGAGCAAACACACCUUUCAUAUCUUUGACAUCCAGAAAAGAGAAAGGACAACAUGUUGUUUUCUUUCUUUUUUAGAUCGUAACAAAGCUGCUUCGUGUUCCGUGGAUCUAAAACGUCACAAACCGACAAAAUUGUUCUCAGAUCGUAACCGAUCACUUCUAUCGACCGUAAAUUCUUUGGUAACGUUGUUGAUCGUUGAGGUUAUUGUUCUCGUGAUCGUGUUCCGGAAUGUUUCGCUGCUUUUCCUUCUCAUCGAGACACGUGAUGUGAUAACUGGCAGGUGAGAGGUUUGUGUCAUCGUCAUGACGAUGAGCUUGUCUCUGGUUUCCUCUUCACGUUUUUUUUUUACAGUGACAGUUACCUAGGUGUUUUCGGGAGUGUUACCCAUAAUGCAUCUAUCUUCAGGCUGAAAAAUCAGUGACCACAGCCCUGUGUGUGUGUGUGUGUGUGUGUGUGUGUGUGUGUGCAUUUGUGUGUGUGCGUGUGUGCGUAUGUGUGUGUGUGUGUGUGUGUGUGUGUGUGUGUGUGGUUCAGAGCAGUGUUGUUUUUGCAUGCGUAUAUAGCUCAGUGUAAAUCGAUGUGAGUUGCAUGUCUGUGUAGUUUCAGUUGUUCAGUCGUCCGUUGUGGCUUCGGUGCCUUUUUCAUUUCAGUUCCCUCUUCUUCUAUUUUCUUUAUGUUACAUUUUGUACAGUGUUUCCCAGAGGCUGGCUGGCUGUUUUUUUGGGGGGGGGGUUAUUUAGCAAAAACACAAAAGAGGAAAGAAGACAGAAUCCUCGUUCAAACAGAAGUGACAGCAGUUCUCAUCAGAGGUGAUGACGGCUGUGAGUUCUGUUUUUUGGUGGAUUGUCCCUUUAAAUGGUGCCAACUCCAGAUGCCAGUGUUGUACAGUCGUGACCCGUUCACAAUAUUUACUAAAAUAAAGUUUCUGUUGUUUUUCUA